ACAAGGGACGUCUAUCCGGACGAGAGUCGUAACUGCGUCACGGAGCUAGCCGGUAAGCUAGCGGGGAUGGAUAAGUUCAGCAAGAUGGGAGUGAAGCAGGAACACAGUAGUGAUGAAGUGAGUGCACGGGAGGUGAGAGAGCGCCUGAGAGAGUCGGCGGUGAGGAUGGCUAGAGACGCGGGAAUGUCUCCGUCUUCUGCGGCAGUUCGCGCCAUUUCCAAGCUGGAGGUAAACAACAAUGGCGGCGCCCAUCAACCCGCAGCAGCCGCCGCCGGGUCAGUGAAAACACCCAAAUUCUCGGGUAAGGCAGACUGGGAGGCUUUCCAUGCCCAAUUUGAACUGCUUGCUCAUGCCGGGGGGUGGUCAGUAGAGACUAAAGCACUACAGCUAGCUUUGUGCCUCACAGAAGAGGCUCUUUCAUGUCUGCUACUACUUAGCCCUGUGGACCGGCUCAACUAUGAAGCGUUAGCAGGGGCUUUGAAGAGGCGGUUUGGACAGUGUUUCCCGCCAGAGCUGCUCCGGAACGAGUUGAGUAACCGCUGUAGAGAGUUUGGAGAGACGCUGCGUGCACUGGCUAACAACGUGGAGAGCCUGACGCGGCGGGCGUAUGCACACAUGCCACCCGGAGUACAGAGUGAGCUGGCACAUGAUCAGUUCAUCAGGGCCCUCCGGCCUGCAGACUUGAGGGUCGAGGUACAGCUGCAGCAUCCACAGUCCUUACAGGCGGCCUUGGAGAUGGCUGUGGAGAGGGAGAACGUGUGGAGUGGAGCUGCUAGGAGCGGCGGAGUGCCGGCGGCGCCGGCGGUGAGGAGCUGCAGGGAGGAGGAGAAGCCUGCAUGGGUUACGGAGCUGACAGAGAUGAUAAGGGCUGUUUCUCUGCAGCCAACACACAGACCAGACACCAGAGUCUGCUGGGAGUGUGGUCAGCCAGGACAUUUUGCCAGAGACUGCACCAAGGCUCGGCGAACACCAGGGAAACGACGGGGGGCCCGCAUAGAGGAGGAUAUGUGGAACCAAGCCCGAAGACUCCCCAAACAAACCACAGCUUUAUUGCCACCGACUCAGACAUCCGCAGGGGGAGCCAGACUCUACGCCCUCCUGAAAAAGAUGACAACACCGGAGUGGAGCCUGUCGUCGCGGUGGGCCGUGCUGGUGGGGACUCCUGCUAUGUUCCUGUCGAGGUGGAGGGGGUGCCCUGCGAUGCACUGGUGGACACAAGCUCUACAGUAACCCUGGUGAGAGCAGAGGUGUUGCCCAGUGGGACUAUG